AUGGAUCCAUUGCAAAGCCCUGUCAAGCGACGAUUGAGAACAAAUUGGGUUCAGCCGGUCACUCUCGAGCGGCGUCUGGGCAACUAUGAACGCUACUCUCUUGCACGGACAUCUGCGGGUUUUUCACCAAUUAUCGUCAUUUUGGCUGGUGUUUCUUCUCAGACUUCGAUCGACAACCUGAAGAGCAGGAUCUACUUGUUGCUUUCCGCAUUCCCGCUACUUCGAAGUCGGAUUGCCGGGACAAAGACCAGGGAACCGUCGUUCCAACCUGGAGAUGUGGAAGUCGAAGAUGUCCUACACUCUGAGGAGUCAAUGGCGUCCGAGAACGAGAUCAUGGCGCGAGAGAUGGCGAUUGGCGCAAAGUUCAAUGUUGAGAAGGGUCCGCUGUGGCGGGUUGGGGUCUACAAACCGAGUCAAUGCGGUGGAGCGCAUUUCGUGGCUGCUACGUUCAGUCAUUGUGUCACGGACGGUUUGGGUGCUGUGACUGCCAUCAAGCUUCUGCUCUCUGAUACCGAGAUCGAAGGCGCAGAGGGCUUGCCGCCCUCGCUGGAAUCUACUAUCGAUGUACGACCAUCAGUGUCAAAGCUUGUACGCGUCAUCGCCGGCGAUCUCAUCGCACCCAAACUCCCUUCUUUUCUUCGUCCCACAUCAAAGGCAUGGCCAUCUCAAGUACAAGCGCAACCACACCACUGCCGGAUCGACCUCAAAUCCCUCCACUUUUCACCGGGUAUCCUCACCUCCCUCCGACGAGUCAGCAAACAACAUAACGUUUCCAUUCACACCAUCCUACAUACCAUCGCAGUUGCUUCUCUCCGCUGGGCUUCCUCCUCGCCCGACAUCACGACCGAAACUCCAAUCUCGCUUCGUGGCGCCGGUGGCUCACUUGCACAUCCACCCACGACCGGGAACUAUGUCUGUACCCAACGAACGACAUGGACACGGUUAUAUGAGUCGACCAAGUUCUGGGAGUUGGCGAAUAGAUAUCAGGACAAGUUGAAAGAUCCGUGGGAGAGGGAGGAGGCGGUCAGCGGGAUAGGGAUGUUGGGGUAUAUCCCUGACCCGGAUCCAGAGAAUCUACCUUUGACUGGCUGGGAGGAGUUCUUACUUGAUAAGGCGGCUUCUACCUCGCCGUUCGCCGCAUCCUUUGAACUCUCAAAUCUCGGCGCAGUUGAUCCACUUCCGGGUGUUGAGCGACUUUGGUUCGCGCAGUCCGCAAACCCUGUCGGAUCGGCGUUGAACGUAAAUGUGGUCGGGAGCACUGGAGAUGGAGGAUUGGGUGUAACGGUCACCUGGCGGAGUGGAGCCUUUGGCGGAGAUGAGGUUGUAGACGGGUUUUUGGAUGUGUUUCAAAGGGGCUUGGAGAGGGUUGCAGAGGGGAGGGUGGAUGAAGGGAGUACGCUGAGGAAGAUUUGGCCGAGGGUUUGA